ACGGACUGGCUGAUGGAGACAUUUUAAAAUAAACACACAGCUAACGGCUAACGGCUAACAGGGAGCUCCGCUGAGGUGCGAGCGCACUGCGCCAAAAGCACGUUAUUACUACAAGUUAGUAAAGAAAGUAAAGUAUAUUUAACAGUUCACGCAUCGUCAAUCAAAGAGGCUACAAAAUACCGAAGAUGUUGAAAAGUCUGGGAGAAGAAGAAUAGAAGUAACCGCCGCGCAGGUGAGCUUCUGUCCAGGCACAUUGGUCCAUGUUUGUUGGACCUUUGGGCUGUGGGCUCAACUAGCAUGAAGAUGGCUGACUCAGACAAGGCAGAGGAAUUUGUGGAUGCUGAGUGCCCCCCAGAGUGCCUUGAUGAAGCACAAUCAGCCACAGCCGAUGAGCAUCUGAAAACAGAGACCACCACCAGUACCAGCUCACCACCGAGGGAAAAGGAGGAAGACAGCCCCUUGAAUACAGAGGGAGAGCAGAGUCUCCUCUCCAUGCCAUGCCUGAUGAAGGAGCUCCGCCGAGACUCCCCAGAGUCCCAGCAUGCCUCUACAGGGAGUGACAAGCCUGCAUCUCGUCAUAUCUAUGAGAGUGACUCCUCAAACCCCUGCAUGCUUUCCCCGUCAUCCAGCGGCCACCUUGCUGACUCAGACACACUCUCCUCAGGGGAAGAAGGUGCUGUUCCUCCCAUAGGAAAAGAGGAAGAGGGCGACAUGGAAGCUGCAAAUGAUGCUGGGCAGGCAGCAGGAAGGCAAUCAUCUGCUACGGCUGCAGGGGGGAGGAAGUCUCGGCGGUCACGCUCAGAGAGCGAGAUGCCGCCCAAUGCAAUGGCUGCAAAGAAAAACCGCUGCCAGCCCGCCUUGGUAGCAGCGGGAGGGCAGGAAAAACAAACCAAUGGCAAGCUGGCAAAAGUGAAAGGUCACCGGAGCCAGAAACACAAGGAGCGAAUGCGUUUGCUGAGGCAAAAACGGGAGGCAGCAGCACGGAAGAAGUACAACUUGCUGCAGGACAGCAGUACGAGUGACAGCGAGCUCACGUGCGACUCCAGCACAAGCUCUUCUGAGGACGACGAUGAUGACACUUCAGGAGGUAGCAAGACAAUCAAGACAGAUAUUUCAGCUGGCUUCAGACGUGCUACGGAGAGAUCCAGAGUGGGCGCCCAGAUUCAUGGGCUGCUGGACACCAGUUCGUGGGACAGGAACGGCAUCGGCAGCGUUCUGGAGGAGGCCAUGACGCGAUUUGCCGUGAUGCAGCGCCAGACCGAGGAGCGCUUCCGCAUCUGGAUGGAAAAGCUUGCACACCUCGACUCGGACAACGACUCGUCCAAACGCUCAAGUGACGCCGUAGAGGGGCAGCAGCAUGCAGUACGCCCAUCCCCGCCCAGUUCCUUUUUGCCAUCGUCAGAGUCCUCUGAGACUAUGGCUGCCUACAUGUUGGCACGAGAGAACAACAGUCUCACCUCCACCCCUAUGAACAACAACAACAACAUCCUACCUGAAGUGGCCACUCAGAAUGGAAAUCUAGGUGUUCCAGACCCCGGUCUCUUGAAUGUCUAGAUUUCACUUCUACAUACUCUGAGCUUACCAAGUGUAGAACUAGUUGAUGCAGAACGCAUGGCAAUGGGUAUUAAUAGGUAAAUGAUGCGAGGUCACUAAACGGAUACACCAUCAACAGCAGCUGGGCCUGAGCUGGUCAUUUGAACACGACUCUGUGCUGACCUGAGGCCCAGUGCAUCUGCUGGCACUGAAUCACUGUGAGAUUUGACAUUCAGAAUAAUUCAACUCGCCCGUUUGAUUUCUGCAGCAUCUGUGACACGGACACGGGGCAUAUCUCAAGAGUCAGGACUCUUAUUGUAUUGCUUAUCCUAUGGCUCGUUUGUUUAUGUGUACCAGCUGUACACAAACGCAGAGAAGCUGAUUAUGUCAUUCACACAGUAACAGACUGUGCAUUACAGCACCUGGACAGCCAUCAGGACAGUGCCAGGUGGGGUGCUGCUGCUUAAUAGCAUGUGCCUUGUCAUUCUGACUUCAUGCUGGGAAUGAUAGCUAGAGCAUCAUACUACUAUUUCUUUAGAAAUUAGGUUCAACUAGGGCUGCAACUAACAAUUAUUUUCAUUGUCGAUUAAUCUUAUUUUCUUGAUUAAUCGAUUAGUUGUUUGGUUUAGAAAAUGUCAGAAAAUGGUGAAAAAUGUCAA